CACCUCCAAAAUCCGAAAAAUCACCCUGAAAACCACAGAAAACCCCAAGAAUCACCUCCAAAAUCCGAAAUUCCCCUUGAAAACCACAGAAAACCCAGAAAAUCACCUCCAAAAUCCGAAAAAUCCCCUGCAAAACUUAAACGCACAAAGAACAAACCACCUCAAAAACCUUCAAAACCACAGAAAACUAAGAACAAAAACUCCCAAACCCUCAAAACCACCUCCAAAAAACAUCCAAAAACCUUCAAAACCACAGAAAACGAAGAACAAAACCUUCAAACCCCUCAAAAUCACAGCUUCCCUUGUAAGACCACAGAAAACCUCAACUUUAAGGGUAAACUACAGAAAACCUCAACUUAACGGGUAAACUACAGAAAACCUCAACUUAAAGGGUAGACUCCCCUAAAUUUAACCGUACCUCACUCACGCCCCCUUCGAGUCAUGGAGCCGCAGUACAUCGCAGUCACCGUCAGUCUCUCGGUCCUGGGCGGCAUCCUGGUCAUCUCCAUUGUGGUCGCCUGCGUCGUGAAGGUCGUAUACGAGAAGAACCUGAAGAAGGAGCAGAAGAUGGCCAAUAUGAUGGCGUUGCAGCAGCUCCACGAAAACUUAUCCUACGUCCACUACCCUGAACCGGAGCCCUACACACCCACAACCCCCCCGGAGUCUGACCCUUGGAGAAUGAGCCGCGCGGAGCCACCAGGACCACCCCACGACACCCAGGACCACGCCAUGCCGCACUAUGCCCCCUCAAGACCACCCUCCACGCAUCAGCAAUACCCGAGACCCUCAAGUGGCCCCCCGAAUGUGGUCAGACAGUCCUCGUAUGCCCAGGAUCUGCCACGGAGGGGGUCAUACGCCCAGGGGUUACCGAGGAGGCAGUCGUAUGCUGGAGGGCCGCCGCGGAGGGCUUCAAAAUCGGGGCAUAUGGAGAUUCGCAACGGUAGGCCCGCUUCCAUGGCAGAGAACCGUUGGGCAACUGAUGUGUCCCCCGUUCGCAAGCUGCCAACGAGACGCGGCUCCCUGCAACCCAUCUCAGAGCCACCAAAGGGCGACAAGAACAAGCUGUGGUAUAACUAUCUCACCGAGGACCCGGAUUAUUUCUCCCGCGACGCGCUUGAGAGAAACAAAAGACGGUCGAAGGUUUGGACAUCUGAUAAGGGGGGUAGGCCUGUAUCCUCACCGCCACCACGUAGGAGGCCUCAGAGAAGGGAGUCUUUUUCACAGCCACAGCUACACAGACAGCCACAGCAGCGCCCCCAGUCCUUCCCACCGCAGCUACAGGCACAUCCUUACCAACAGACACAGCCGCCGCCCUUUUCACAGGCUUCAGAUUCACGUGGAAAUUGGAUAUAGUGAGAGAUAGGUAGAUAGAUAGAUAGAUAGAUAGAUACAGAGAGAGAGAGAGAGAGAGAGAGAGAGAGAGAGAGAGAGAGAGAGAGAGAGAGAGAGAGAGAGAGAGAGAGAGAGAGAGAGAGAGAGAGAGAGAGAGAGAGAGAGAGAGAGAGAGAGAGAGAGUGUGUGUGUGUGUGUGUGUGUGUGUGUGUGUGUGUGUGUGUGUGUGUGUGUGUGUGUGUAAACCCUUCUGCCAAAUCCAAUAAUAAUAAUAAUAAUAAUUAGACUAAAAUUAUAUAUAUGAUUCCUCCGUUCUUGAUUCAUUAUUAUUAUUAUCAUUAUGAUUAUUAUUAUUAUUAUUAUUAUUAUUAUUAUUAUUAUUGUUAUUACUGUCAUCAUCAUCAUUAUUAUUAUUAGUAGUAGUAGUAGUAUUUCAAUUGUUAUCACUAGUAAAACCACCAAUAACAUUACUAUCCUUUCCAUUGACAUAACUAUCAUCAUUAUUGUUAUUACUAUUAUUACGAUCACAAAUUAGUAAACUCUACGGAUAUUA